AUGUCGGCCACCAGCGUGGACCCCCAGAGAAGCAAAGGACAAGACAAUAAAGUACAAAAUGGUUCUUUGCAUCAGAAGGAUACAGUUCAUGACAAUGACUUUGAGCCCUACCUUUCUGGACAGUCAAAUCAGAGUAACAGUUACCCCUCCAUGGCCGAUCCCUACCUGUCCAGCUAUUACCCGCCGUCCAUUGGAUUCCCUUACUCCCUUAAUGAGGCGCCGUGGUCAACCGGAGGGGAUCCUCCCAUCCCGUACCUUACCACCUAUGGACAGCUCAGCAAUGGCGAUCAUCACUUCAUGCAUGACGCAGUGUUCGGACAGCCUGGAGGCCUGGGAAACAACAUCUAUCAACACAGGUUUAACUUUUUCCCCGAAAACCCAGCCUUCUCGGCCUGGGGGACCAGUGGGUCUCAGGGGCAGCAGGCCCAGAGUUCCGCUUAUGGGAGCAGCUACACUUACCCACCCAGCUCUCUGGGCGGCACGAUUGUGGACGGGCAGACGGGCUUUCACAGCGACACCCUCAACAAGGCCCCUGGGAUGAACAGCCUGGAGCAGGGCAUGGUGGGCCUGAAGAUCGGCGAUGUCACCACCUCUGCAGUCAAGACAGUGGGCUCAGUCGUCAGCAGUGCGGCAAUGACUGGCGUGCUUUCUGGCAAUGGCGGGACAAAUGUAAACAUGCCGGUUUCGAAGCCGACUUCAUGGGCUGCCAUCGCCAGCAAGCCGGCGAAGCCGCAGCCGAAAAUGAAAGCCAAGGGUGGACCUGUCAUUGGGGCCGCGUUGCCCCCUCCGCCUAUAAAGCAUAACAUGGACAUUGGCACCUGGGAUAACAAGGGGCCCGUGCCCAAAGCCCCGGCCCCCCAGCAGGUGCCGGCUCCCCAAUCUGCCCCCCAGCCUCAACCGGUUGUGCAGCCUCUGUCAGUUCAGCCCCCACCUUUGGCCCAGCCACAGUAUCAGAGCCCUCAGCCACUGCCCCAACCCCGCUGGGUCGCUCCCCGCAACAGGAAUGCAGCGUUUGGGCAGAGCUCGGGGACUGGGGGUAACAGUCACUCCCCUGGAAGCAUCCAGCCUAGUUCUGCCCCAAGCGCAGAAUCCCAUCCAGUCCUUGAAAAACUGAAGGCUGCCCACAGCUACAACCCUAAGGAGUUUGACUGGAACCUGCGGAGCGGCCGCGUGUUCAUAAUAAAGAGCUACUCGGAGGAUGAUGUGCACCGCUCCAUCAAGUACUCCAUCUGGUGCAGCACCGAGCAUGGUAACAAGCGCCUGGACGGCGCCUUCCGCUCCGUCAGCAGCAAGGGGCCUGUCUACCUGCUCUUCAGUGUCAACGGCAGCGGCCACUUCUGCGGAGUGGCAGAGAUGAAGUCGCCCGUGGACUACGGCACAAGCGCUGGGGUCUGGUCUCAGGACAAGUGGAAGGGCAAGUUCGACGUGAAGUGGAUUUUUGUCAAGGACGUGCCCAAUAACCAGCUACGGCACAUCCGGCUGGAGAACAAUGACAACAAGCCGGUCACAAACUCCCGCGACACCCAGGAGGUGCCCUUAGAAAAAGCAAAGCAAGUGCUGAAAAUCAUCGCCUCGUACAAGCACACCACGUCCAUCUUCGAUGACUUUUCUCACUACGAGAAGCGCCAGGAAGAGGAGGAGGUGGUGCGCAAGGAACGGCAGAAUCGGAACAGACAAUAA